CGGAUUCUCGCGCCUUGGCAUCUUCUUCUUCUUCUAUACGCUUUCGUUCAUAGCCGCCAUUUUCACUGCUUCUUAGCUCUGUUCCUCUUCACUACUUUUGACUUAGGUAGUUAGGUAUAUUAUUCUUGAUCGUUUUUUCCUCAAUGGGAGACCCCAGCCACCUGGAGAAGAUGGGAAUAGAGCUCAAAUGCCCGAUUUGUUUGAGUCUUCUAAACUCUACCGUUUCGUUGGGAUGCAACCACGUGUUCUGCAAUGUAUGUAUAGAGAAAUCAAUGAAAUCGGGUUCGAACUGCCCAGUUUGUAAGGUGCCUUAUCGGCGAAGAGAAGUUCGUCCUGCUCCACACAUGGAUAAUUUGGUGAGCAUUUACAAAAGCAUGGAAGCUGCUUCUGGAAUUAACAUAUUUGUUACUCAGAAUUUGGCUUCUGCUAAGUUAUCUGAUGGAGACAAACAAGUUGAAGGUGAUGGCAAUGGUUCAAAACGGCUUAAUGCAGAAACCAGCGAGAGCACAGCUUAUGUACAAAGAACUUUGAAAAAAGAGUCACAAAAAAUACAAAAAUCCAAGCGAAAAAAUUCUGCUUCUUCCCCUCUGAAACCUUCGUUUCCAAGAAAGAAGAGGGUUCAGGUGCCACAACAUCCCCUUUCAGAAACUCCUACUCGACCUGCAAAGUUAGCAAGUAAUUGUAAUGAGGUGAAUGAACCGAAAGAAAGUACAGUUGCUUCCGAGGAUAAAGGUCAGCCAGUUCUUUCACCAUUCUUUUGGUUGAGAGAAAGAGAUGAAGAAGAUGAAAAUUCGAAUCAGCAGUCGGAUUUGGAACAAUCUACAGAAUCAUUAACAAUGAAUGUUCUUGCCUUCAGCGAUAUCAAGGAUUCACUGGAUGAAAGCCCUUCAAAGCCUCAAAUGGAGGAAGUGUGUGACAAGCCAUCCCAUGACUUGGAUCUCAUUGACAGUGAAAUGUUUGAAUGGACUCAAAGAGCCUGUUCCCCCGAACUUUGUUCAAGUCCCUUUAAACUGCAGGUUGAAGAUGUUGCUGGAACUGAAACGGCUUUGUUAGAAGCAGCACCUAAUGAAGAACCAGGGAAGCAAAAUCCAAAUGGAAGUUAUAAUCAAAGUGGUGGUAUCCUAGAUGAGUUGGUACCUGAUGUACCCCCUCCGGAAGGCAACAGUGUGAAGAAUCAUACUAUGCGUGCUAAACUUACCAAAAGAGGUAGAAAGAAAAAAGACGUUGCACUGAAGAAAUGUUCUAAAAUAUUGGCCGAAUCAGCUAUUGGAAAUUAUUCCCGUCCAGCUACCGAAACUGAAUGCUUGAGUGAAAAGCAGGAGCAUGAUGUUAUAAUCAGCUUGGGAAGUUUGAAAAGUGGAAGCAAAAGAACCAAGAAGAAAAUUCACUUUGGUACUGAAUCUACUGAUGCAAUUAAGGCGACAUUUGAAAGUGUUCCUGCUACUCCAAUUAAUUUAGCAACUCCAAAUGAGAAUUUCACAACCAAGGCACCUAUGUUUCAAGAGGGGGAAAAGGAAAAUCAAUUCCUGGAAAAGAGGCGCAAGAAUGACAGAGCCAGCAAAACAGCGCACUUUGGUAUUGAUACUAGUAGGGCGACUCCUAAAAAUAUUCUUACGGAUAGAGUUAGUUUAGGAGUUCCAGAUGAAGGACGUAAGAAUUUUGAAACCGAGACGUUAGUUUUCCCAAAAGGUGAAAAGGCUUGUGAACUUCCUGAGAAUAAUUGUACGAAAGGAAGAGGCAGGAAGAAAGCGCAAUUUUGUAACAAUGCUAAUAAGAGGAUUCUUGAAGAUAUUUCUGCCCAUCCCAUUAGUUUAGGAACUCCAAACAAUGGUCCUGAAAAUUUUGGAAUAGAAUUAUCAGCUUUUCUAGAAGUGGAAAAUGUUAGUCAAUUCCCUGAAAAAAACAGCAAGAAUGGCGGAGACCGCAGAGAGCAGAGAGUGGUUCAAUGCCGUAGGAAGAUUAAGAAACAAAAGAUGGAUUCAGUGGACAACAUCCUGCAAAAGAACCCAUCAAUCAAUCAGAAUCAGCAUGAUAAUUGUGCCAUUCCUGGUCUGACCACCACACUUUCUGCGAUUGCUACGUCAACUGGUCUAAAGAGAGAACACAAGAAACAAAUCGAGUAUAAUAACAUCACUCAAGAGAAGUAUGAUGGUGCUCAGGCAAAUCGAAGUCAGCUCUCUGAAAAGCUUCAAAGUACCAAUGGGAAAAACUUGGAUUCUAUAACCAAAAAUGAUUGUUCAGAAAAACAUGAAAGAUUGGAUGAUGAAUUUCAAUGUGCUUUCUGUCGCUCAUCAGAAGAGUCAGAGGGUUCUGGAAGAAUGGUCCACUAUUUCAAUGGGAAACCUAUCGAUAAUGACAUAAAAAACUCGAAGGUCAUACAUGCACACUGGAAUUGUGUUGAAUGGGCCCCCAAUGUUUAUUUUGAUGGCGACACUGCAAUUAACCUUGAAGCUGAGUUAAGUAGAAGCCGAAGAAUUAAAUGUGGUUGCUGUGGAAAUAAGGGUGCUGCUCUUGGUUGUUAUGAUAAGAAUUGUCGCAAGAGCUUCCACGUUCCUUGUGCAAAAUUGAUGCCUCAAUGUCAAUGGGACACCGAAAAUUUUGUGAUGUUAUGCCCGCUUCAUCCGGAUUCUAAACUGCCAAGCCAAGAUCCAGGGCACCAAGAACGGAAAAGCAGCUGUGCUUCUAACCGACAAUCGAACACUAAAUGUAUAGCGGUUGCCCGUGAGAUCAGCAAACAUGGAAGGUUCACAUUUCGUGAAUCAUCUAAGAAAUUGGUUCUGUGCUGUUCAGCUCUCACCAUAGCUGAAAGGGAAGCUGUAGAUGAAUUUCAGAGAUUAUCUGGAGUGCCGGUGUUACAAAAAUGGGAUGAUACCGUUACACAUAUUAUUGCAUCAACAGAUGAAAAUGGAGCAUGUAAAAGAACGCUCAAAAUUUUGAUGGGUAUUUUAAAGGGAAAAUGGAUUUUGGGAAUUGAAUGGAUUAAGGCUUGUAUACAGGCCAUGGAACAAAUAAAGGAAGAACGCUUUGAGAUUACUCUUGAUGUCCAUGGAAGCAGAGAUGGCCCUCAACUUGGAAGAUUGAGAGUCCUAAACAAUCAACCAAAACUUUUCGCUGGAUUCAAGUUCUUCUUUACAGCGGAUUUUGCACCUUCAUACAAAGGAUAUCUCCAACAACUUGUCACUGCAGCAGGAGGAAAUAUUCUGCAUAGAAAACCAGUUUCAAGCAACAACCAAAACGUUUCUUCUCCUUCACCCAACUGCCAAGUCUUCAUCAUUUACAGUCUUGAGCUUCCUGAUCAAUGCAAUCCAGGUGAAAAGAAUAACAUUCUCCAUCGCAGGCGUUCCGAUGCUGAGUUGCUUGCUAAGUCGGCCGCAGCCAAAGUUGCCACCAAUUUGUGGCUUUUAAACUCGAUUGCUGGCAGUAAAUUAACAAGCCUUGAGGAGUAGUAACUCAUCCACAAUGUAUGUAUAUUUUCUUUCCUGAACUCAUUUAACGUAUGUUUCUUCAACAAUCUAGCUGUCUAAAUAUAAUCACUUAGUAAUAAGAUAACUAAAAAGCAUUUGGAUGCGUAUAAUAUAGUUAGUAUUCUUGUAUCUAUUCACAUAAAUGAAUUUAGUCUACUUUGCUUCUUUA